AUGCGCUACUCGACCGCCUUCUCCGCCGCCAUUCUGGCCGGCUCUGCGCUCGCCGCUCCCUCCUACGGUGGUUACGGCAGCCAGCACAAGCACGUCAAGAACGUCCAUGUCGUCGUUGAGACUGUCGUCAAGACUGUCUACGUCACCGAGGGCUACGAGAUCCCCAAGCCUACCAGCUCCUCCGUCAGCGCUGCGUACGAGGCCCCUGCCAAGAACACCAUGCCCGCCUACGCUCCCGUCAAGCCCACCAGCACUGCCGUCUACGCUCCUCCCCCUCCCCCUGCGCCCACCAGCGAGGCGCCCAAGCCCACCACCACCAUGGUCUACCAGCCCGCUCCCCAGAAGCCCACCACCUACGACGCUCCCCCUCCCCCUGCUCCCACUAGCGAGGCUCCCAAGCCAACCACCACCCCCGCUGCUCCCGCUCCCGCUCCUUCCAGCGGUGGAUACAUGGGCAUUGUUGAGGAGGCGCGUGCCAAGCUCGGCAUGAAGUCUCUCGAGUGCGACUCCAAGCUCGAGUCCAACGCCAUGAACGUCGUUGUUGAGGGCAACGGUGUUAUGAAGCACAAGCUCAACCCCGGCACUUACGGCCAGGUUCUUGCCCCCGGCAAGCCCGACAUGGAGUCCUUCGACCACGUCUUCUACGGUGGAUGGCUCUGCGAGAUCCCCAGCCUGCCCGGUCUUGAGGAUGUCUGCGGCAGCGCGUCCAAGGGCUGGAACUACGAGGGUCAGACCGGCCACGCUGAGAUCCUCACUUCCGACCAGUACACCAAGAUUGGUUGUGCUAACCACGAGGGUAUCUGGUGCUGCGACCUUGCAUAA